AUGUUAAACUAUUUGCUGGCUUUAAUAGUAUUCAUAGUCACAGCGCAAGCUGAGCCGUCAAUAUCGACUGUUGUUCAGUCCAAGACGGCCUCGCCUGAGAUUGCGGUCGCUCCUAGUCUGACACCAACAUUCCGGGAUCCUCAUGCACCCAACCCACAGACAUGUCCAGGCUACAAGGCGACAAAUAUCAAGAGGGAUCUCAAAGGUGUGAAGGCAGACUUGACCAUAGCUGGACCUGACUGUCAGGCGUUUGGUAAUGACAUUCGUGACCUGGUACUCGAGGUUCAGUAUCAGACAAAGGAGAGACUGAAUGUCAAGAUAUUCCCCAAGUAUCUGUCUGAACAGAACAGAACUCAGUAUAUCCUACCGGACUCACUUGUAUUCGAGCCAGGGAGAGAUGAGAAGACGACAAUCUCAAAUAGUGAUCUCAGAUUCGAGUUUACUAACUCACCAAACUUUCAGUUCAAAAUCACCCGGAGCUGUGAUAGAGAGGUCCUGUUCUCAACGUACGGCCAUGUCAUCGUAUUUGAGGACCAAUUCGUUGAACUGGUAACUAGCAUGGAGCCCGACUACAAUGUCUAUGGACUAGCUGAGAACAUCCAUGAUUUCCAUCUGGGGCAGAACUUCACUCAGACCUUCUGGACCAAUGACGCUGGUAUAGAGCACGGGAACCCUAUAGAUGGAAACAUCUAUGGUGUCCAUCCCUUCUACCAGGAGAGUCGAUACCACAAAGGUAGCAACACCACUUCUCACGGUGUAUAUGCCCGAAACGCUCAUGGCCAAGAAUGGCUUCUGAGACCAGAGACUUUGACAUACCGCACCAUCGGUGGAAGUGUUGACCUCUACUUCCUCAGUGGCCAGAACAAGCAAGGCGGGUCUACUGCUGUUGAAACUAUGCGCCAGUAUCACACUGGUUGCGUCGGCUUACCUGCCAUGCAAAUGUUCUGGACACUGGGCUUUCACCAAUGUCGAUUGGGAUAUGAUACCCUCGACAAGAUCGAAGCUGUUGUUGAGAACUACAGAGCCGCUGAUAUUCCUCUUGAGGCUAUUUGGUCAGACUUUGACAUGUUUGAUGGUUUCCGCAGCUUCGCCAACAACCCUGUCACUUUCCCGCCUAAUCGUAUGGCAGAGUGGGUAAAUUGGCUUCAUGAGAACGAGCAGUACUACGUUCCGCUGGUAUGGGCCAACAUAUACCGUCCGAAUCCUGAUGAUCCAAAGGAUACUUAUGGUCCCUAUGAACGCGGCGCCAAGCUAAAAGCAUUUAUCAGAGAUCCAGAGUCAGGUGACUUCUACACGGGCAACAACUGGCCUGGGUUUGUUGUUUGGGGAGACUUCAUGCUACCUGAGACACACAAAUGGUGGGCUGAAGAGCUCAAGAUAUGGUAUGAUAGCGUACCUUAUGAUGGAAUGCUCUCUGAUCUUACAGAGCCCGCUUCGUACUGCGUGGGCCCCUGCGGCAAUAGUCGCCUGGAUAUGAACCCCGUUCACGUUCCCUUCCUGAUCCCAGGGGAGAAGCUCAGGAUGUUUUAUGAGUAUCCAGAUGGCUUCAGUGUGACUAAUCACUCCGAGUUUGAAAGAGCAAAAGAGCUUGCAGCCAAUCAAUCAGCGGAGGUCCAGGCUGCCCACGUCUUCCAAGACCCUGCCACUAGCACCCUAGGACGUACGGAGCCAACCCCAGGUGUCAGAAACCUUACAUAUCCACCUUAUGUUCUCAACAACCUGCAACCAGGCCACUCCAUCAGGAGAAUGACCAUCUCUCCAGAUGCAACUCACAACGACGAGUUGAACACCACGGAAUACCAGUUACAUAAUUUGUUUGGAAAUCAAAUCUCCAAUGCGACUUACCACGGUCUGCUUGAACUGUUCCCUGGUCGCCGUCCAUUCAACAUCGCCCGUGGCAACUUUGCUGGCAUCGGCCGAUACGCUACGAGAUGGGGCGGUGAUAACUCAUCAAAAUGGGGUAGUAUGUUCUUAUCCAUUUCGCAUGCUCUGACGCACAUGAUGGCUGGCAUUCCAAUGUUUGGAGUUGACAUCUGCGGCUACUCCCAUAACGCCAGUUUUGACCUUUGUGCUCGAUGGAUGUCUCUGGGAGCCUUCAUGCCCUUCUAUCGUAAUCAUAACAUGGGCGGUACUAUAUCCCAAGAAGCGUUUGUAUGGUCAUCUGUUGCUGAGGCUUCGCGUCGAGCUAUAGCGAUAAGAUAUAGCCUCCUCAACUACAUCUACACCUUGUUUCACUACGCCAAUACCCAAGGCGACCUUGUCAUGCGGGCUUUGGCAUGGGAGUUCCCAAAUGACGAGACACUCAAGGCUACCUAUUCUCAGUUCUUGCUGGGCGCAUCCCUUCUGGUGACACCAGUGCUGACACCAAACUCCAACAAAGUCAGAGGUGUGUUUCCUGGGAUUGGAGAGGGAACACGUUGGUAUGAUUGGUACACACUGAGUGAAGUCCAUGCCAAACCUCAAGAGAACGUCACUCUUGAUGCGCCUUUGGAACAUAUCAACCUCCACAUCAGAGGCGGCACGGUAUUCACAUUGCAAAAACCCGGAAAUACAACUGCAGCGACAAGAAGGAACCCGUUCUCACUUAUCUUGGCCCUAGACGAUAAUGAGUACGCUGAAGGAAGCGUGUAUUUUGACGACGGUGUCAGCCUCGAGCCAGAAGCCACCAAGACUGUCGCAUACACUUUCAGGGAGGGGAUUCUGAGAGCGGAAACCACUGGUGACUACGAAGUCAAGCCUCCUCUUGUGAACAUAACUGUUACUGGUCUCCGUAAGGCACCCAAGAGCGUGGAGUUCCAUGCUGAUAAAGGAAACCAAAAAGCGCUGUUGCCCAAGCUUGUAUACAAUAAUGGCACGGCAUAUGUGACGGAACUGGAACAGUUUACACGGGAUGGUGGCUUUGGACAUGACUUUGAGGUCAGUUUCAAGUAUUAA